AACAACCAAUACAUAUAUUAAAUAUGAUAAUGGAAGAGGCACAAGAAAAGAACAAAGAAGCAUGGAUACUUCUGCAAGAUAUAAAGAAGGCAUUCAACUCAGUUCCACUAGAAACCUAUGGUCUAACAGAAGAAAUAACAGCAGGAGAUGGAAUAGAUCAAGGAGAAGUAAUAUCACCUCUAAUCUGGCGUCUUUUUUAUGACCCAUUGUUAGAAAAAAUUCAAGAUGACAAAAUACUUGGCUAUACAGUAGAACAAGAAAUGUCAGAAAGAAUGUGCAACACUAGUGUUACGAAAUAUAGACAAGCAGCAAUUGCAUAUGCAGAUGACACAACUUGGAUUGCAAAUAGCAAAGAACAAUUAUUGAGAACCCUUGAAAUCACAGAAGAGUUUUUCAAGGCUAAUGAUAUUGAAAUAAACGGGUCCAAGUCAAAGCUCGUAGUAAUGAAUACAAGAUGCAGAGAAGAGGAAAGAGAAAUUAUCUUUGGACAAAGCAAAAUAGUAGAAGAACCAAAGAACAAGAUUGUAAGAUCAUUGGGAAUCUGGCUGAAUAGCAGAAUGAGAGAGGCAUUGAUCUGCAAAAAGGCAAAAGGGAUAGUUAGUCAAACAGUGAAAGAUCUAAGAUACAAAAAAAUGACAAUGAGCCAAAUCGUAUAUAUAAACAAUACAGUAAUUAUCCCAAAAUUAGGAUAUCUUUUGCAGCUAACAAAGAUGUCAGAAAAGAUGCUGGACAAGAUACACCAGCCGUUAAUAUGUCUGGCAAAGCACAAAUGCAACAUGAUGAAAACAUCAAACAACUGCACAAUAGAGCACAAGGACUUAGGAAACUGUAAACCACUAAGUCAAGAAAUAGUAACGAAACAAAUAAGUAGUCUUUUCUCAAGACUUAAUAGGAAAGACAGCUUAGAUGAUCUGACGAGACUUAGAAUAGCUCAGGAAUGUCAAAAGGCAGGUCUAACAGCAGACAUUUGGAACUCAGAGAGAAAACCAGAAGAAAAGAAGUAUUGGAAGAACAACUUAGCAUGCCGAACAAUAAUUAGAGCAAAGGAGAUAGGAAUAAGCAUCAAAACAGAAAAUUGUUUGUGGAAAGUGUAUGGUCAUGGAGAGAAAAUAAGAGACAUGCUAGAAAUGUGA